CAGAGCCGGGAGCGCGGCGGGAAGUGUCCGGUGCGGAGCAUGGAUGUCCGAGCUUCUCCAUGUGAAGGUGAGCUUCAGGAAUUAAUGCACCAAAUUGACAUCAUGGUAAGCAACAAAAAAGUGGAAUGGGAAAGAAAGACACGAGCUUUGGAAGCGAAGAUGGAUGUCCGGGAUCAAGAAUUAGCAGAUGCCCAAAGCAAAUUGGAUCAGAAAGGUCAAGAGGUAGGGAUGCUCAGACAAAAAUUGGAGGACUUGCAGAAGACAAAAUAUGAGAUGGCUAAGAAUUAUGAAGCUCAACUUCAAGCUCUGAAAUCCCAAUUUUCUAAACUGACACAGAGUUAUGAAAAGUUACAGUUACACCAACUAAAACAAGACAGGGUUCAAGAUAAAGAAAGAGGUCAAGAAAAUCAAGAAGCUCCAUUUGAAUUCAGUAAUUUAAACAAGAAAUUGGAGGAGUUUAAAGCAAAAUCAAGAGAAUGGGAUAAGAAGGAGACAUUAUAUCAAAACCAUCUAGUUUCUUUAGAUGCUCAACAAAAAUUACUGUCUGAGAAAUGUAAUUUAUUUCAGAAACAGACGCAGAAUUAUCAAUUCCAAAUCAGCAGUAAGAAGCACAAAAAGGAUGACACAAUUACCUCCAGCCAGCCAAGAGCUGAGAAGGAUGAGUUCAUUAUUGAAAAAUUAAAGUUUACUGUGAAUGAAAUAGCCAUAAACAGAAAUAAACUAGAAGAGGAAAAUCUGAAACUCCAGCAGGAACUAAAAAUGUACCAAAAACAGUGCCAGAACAUGGAAGCCGGACUUUCGGAGAUGAAAAAUGAGCUGCAGACACGUGAUGCUCUCUGGAAGGCGGUAAAAAUGGAAUGCCAACAGUUGCGUAAAGAAUUAUUGAAAAUCGGAGAGAAUAAAAAUGUGCAGGAAAAUCAAAUAAAUCUUCAAUCAGCUUGUGCACAACGUGUUGAAGAACUGGAAAAUAAAAAAACUGAGCUAUUGGCAUUACAACAUCAUCAGAAGAGUCAGCAAGAAGAUCUAAAUAAGAUAAGAGACCAUCUUUAUCUUGAGGACCAUUCCCAUAGCUCUGAGCAGAAAAGAAUGAGGACAGAAAUCUCUGACCUGACAAAAAAGCUUCAUCAGAAGGAGAUCACUAUAGCAACUAUCUCACAGAAAGCUACUCUUCUGGAAAGACAGUUAAAAAUGGAGUUAGAGAUAAAAAGAAAAUUGUUAAGAGCACAACAGUUAUUAGGACUGAGUUACGAAACUAUCAAACCUGAAAACACAUAUCUGAAAGAAACUAUGGAAAAUUGGGAGUCUGGAAGACGCAUGAAUAUAGAUUUACCUAACAAAGAAAAUGAGAAUUACACAGCUUCUGUUCACCAGCUGGAAAGUGAGAAUGAAAGGUUACAAAGUAAAAUUGUUAAAUUACAGAAUGAUACUGAAACAUCGUUACUGCCUAGGUUGAAUACAUAUGAAGAAACAGAGUGUACCAACCAAGCCCAAAUGGAAGAAAAGGAAGAGAGAAAUUAUCAGAAUGAAAAUGAAUGGCAAAUGAAACAGACACAGACAGCUACAGCUAUGUUCAAAACCUUUAGAUGUUUCCAAAACCCUAGUCCUACCUCACAUGGCCAAGGUGAUAUUAUUGGAUCUGAAAGUGGCAGUAGUUUACCUUCUCAUAGACUUAGUAGUGAUCAGGAACAGAACCUAGAUGGUGAAUCUCCAUCACCACCAAUGACAUACUCUUCAAAUAGUGACAAGCCAUUUCCUGGAAAGGAGAGAAUUGAUGUUUUACUGAGCCAUAUAUAUAGCACUGAAGAAAACAACCCACUGUCUCCCCCUGAGAUGUCCUUCCCUACAGCUGCAGCAGAAAAGUUCUUUGAAGAAGAAGAGAAUCGAGCAAAAGAAUUUGAAGAACUUUUAAACUCACAUCUUGAAGAACUGCAAAGACAUUCUGAAAAUACCCUGAAAAAAUAUGCCUGGCUAAUGCACAACAGACAUGUAUGAGCCUUUCAGCUUUUUAUAUCCAAUUUAAAAAAAAAUAAAGUUAUGACAAAGUG